CGGUGGCAGACAAGAUGGCUGCGUCGGCUGCACAGGGCGGGAGGAGCGGUGGCGGAGGUGGUGCUGGGGCUUGCGGUGGUCCCAGCGGCGGGACAAGUAGUGGCCGCAGCGGCUUGUUGGAUAAGUGGAAGAUUGAUGAUAAACCUGUAAAAAUUGAUAAGUGGGAUGGAUCAGCUGUGAAAAACUCUCUGGAUGAUUCUGCCAAAAAGGUACUUCUGGAAAAGUAUAAAUAUGUGGAGAAUUUUGGCUUAAUUGACGGUCGCCUUACCAUCUGUACGAUCUCCUGCUUCUUUGCAAUAGUGGCUUUGAUUUGGGAUUACAUGCACCCAUUUCCAGAGUCGAAGCCCGUUUUGGCCUUGUGCGUCAUAUCCUAUUUUGUGAUGAUGGGGAUUCUUACUAUAUAUACCUCAUAUAAAGAGAAGAGCAUCUUUCUUGUGGCCCACAGGAAAGAUCCUACAGGAAUGGAUCCUGAUGAUAUUUGGCAGUUGUCCUCCAGUCUCAAAAGGUUUGAUGACAAAUACACCCUGAAGCUGACUUUCAUCAGUGGAAGAACAAAGCAGCAACGAGAAGCUGAAUUCACGAAGUCCAUUGCUAAGUUUUUUGACCACAGUGGAACGCUGGUCAUGGAUGCAUAUGAACCUGAGAUAUCCAGGCUCCAUGACAGUCUUGCCACAGAAAGAAAAAUAAAAUAAUCAAUUCUAGAAGUGGCCCAGUUUAUGCUGGCUCAUGCUGAAUUACCCAGUGGGUGGGGGGAACAAACAGCGUAAAAUGGGUAAAGUAAGAGUGUUAAAAAUGUUCCUGUUGUGUCCUGAGAAUUUAGCCCUUUCUGGAUAACUAGAAUUUUUAGCACAGAUAUGAGAAGUUGUAGCUCUGAUGUCUAGCUGUAACCUAUUCGGUCUGCUGAUCAUAUUAUUUUAUUUGCUUUUCUGGAAAAGCAUUUUUGCUAAAAGCCGUGCAGACUUUUCCCUUUGUACCUAGCAUUACUUACAUAGUAUAGCUUUGUGCCAUGCAGAAUUUGAAGACUCAGUUUUUUAAACUUGUUAACCCCUUGGUGACUUUAUUAAUUCCUGUUUCAACAGCUGUUUGAGAAUUCAGGAUACAACUUCUUGUGUAUGACAGCUUUCCUUCACAUACCAUUUUUGUGGGUGUGUGUAUCUGACUUGGGGAGAAUUUGAAAAAUAUAUAGCAUUUUAAUUUGUUUAAAACAGACCUUUGCCUGUUACAUUUUGUGCUCUUAACCAAUUAAAGAAGCCAGUGGCGUUUUUAGUUUUAUAUUGUCUGUAUUUUCCCUGUUGAUUUGUUUGUGCCCUUUAUUAACUGCCAUUUUCUAAAAUUUUUUUCAAUAAAAGGAAAGAAGUUGUGAAAAAAA